CAUUUUAGUUAGUGACAGGGGAGCUUUUGCCUGGAGAAUUAAAUGCGACUAACUUCGUUACAGCAAUUAUGUGUCAGGGUUUCAUCGGUUAGUUAGCGAGUGCUGAUAGCACAGCAAAUGGUGGCCUCGUAAUUCGGCUUUUAAUGGGGCCAAACCUGUUUCUUUUAAUGUAACCUAGAUAGGGAUAGCUAUCUUAGCUAGGUUAGCUAACAGCUAGCUACUUCUAACUUGGGAGGAAGUGGACUUUCCGUUUUUGAAAGUGUACGCAGCCAAAUAUACACUUCAGUUUCUGACUGCUAACCUAUAACAGAAUAGUCUAGCCAAAUGUGUCAUCUUAAUCGAGUCUGCUUCCUCACUGUUUCUGUUUUCCUCUUUUUCUGCCAGUUUUUAUUUUAGCAAGUCUGUUAUCUAGCUAGCUUGUUAGAUUAUCUUUACUGACCGUUUAUGAGUAAACCGUAAAUUUGACAUUCUGUUUUAAGCCUUUUUUUAAUUCUGCACACAUGUCCUGGAUGUCCUACGAUGGAAUCCAGGCCAGAGAUGUCUCUUGAUUUAGAUAUAGGAAUAAGGCAAACGGUGAAGGCUCAUCUGCUAGCAUCGCAGAAGCUCCUGGUGCCAUCUCUGUACAACUUGGCCCCGCUGCUGGACUCUGCUCUGGCUGUUGGCAUUCUAUCUCAGGAUAACUACCAGGAGAUAAAGGCUGAGAAGACUCCACAAAACAGUGCCCGCAAACUGCUGGAGAUCGUUCAUGGUCAGAUGGAUGAGAGUGAGGCUACACGCUUCCUGCAGUGCCUGAAGGAAUGCAAGCAGCACUAUCCUCGUCUACGCCCGUGGCUGUCUGCCCAUUCAGAUAUUCCACGAGGACCCACAGAGCGGCAGCUGCAGGCCGACUUCUCUGCCCUGUGCAGCCGUCUGGGUUCAUCUGUGCUGCCUGUCUCCCUGGCCCUGUUCUCCAGCAGCACCCUCACCCAAUUUGACCUGGAACGGAUCCAGGCGUCACCCACACCUACUCAGCAGGCCCAGAUCCUACUGGCCACCUGUCUGACUAAAGGGGAGACUGCCUGCAGGAACUUCUACACAGCUCUAUACAGUGAAGACCAGCAGUUGGCUGAGGAUAUGAAUGUCAGUAAUUUGGUGAAGGAUCUGUCCCUCAGCAACGACUAUGAGGUCAGCAAUAUUGCCAUGGGUGUAGAAGAGACAAGAGACCAAGAAGGAGGCCUGCUGCCUCAGUCAAGUGUGCUGCAGCAGGUGAGCACUCGGCUAGGUGUGUCUGUGGACACCAACGCCCGGCUGAAUGUCUGCGAGCUGGGUGUGGCGCUGGGCCUGCCCCGUCGGGAUGUCAGAGAGUGCCUCUUGGAGGGUGUGAGCAUAGAGGACAUGCCCCAGCUGGAAGCUCUAGUGUCCCUCUUCAUGGAGAAGACGGAGGAUGUGGAACGGCUCCUCAGCCGAGUAGCAGAGCUUGACAUCAAAAGGGUGCAGCUCUCUGAGAGGGGCUGCUUGUCUCUGAAGCUGCUACAGGAGGCUGAAGCUCUGCUCCGAAGAGGAAGCCACAGUCACCUCCACUCCUGGGACCCCCUGCACGAUCAGGAUCACCUGCACGGCCCAGAGCGGCUGCAUGUUGGGGAUUGCAGGGACCAGUGCAUGGUGUGGGCCGUUUUCAGCUUCCUUGUGGGGGACUGCCUGGCCGAGGCCCUGGAGGAACCGGAGCUGAAGCCCAGCGACAGCCUGGCUGGGAUGCUACGGCAGCUGCGGGGCUGUGAGUGGAUAGAGGCAGCGCUCCUGCAGGAGGCGGAGCAGUGCUGGACGGAGGGAGGGCAGGAAAACCUGUUGCAGAGCGUGAGGGUUCUUGCCCAGAUACUGAGGGACCUACAUCCUUUGCAACACGACCUGCGGCUGUCGGCGCCAGCGGAGGGUGUGUAUUCCUGUAGGCCCAGCAGGCUCCACAGGGUCACCUCCUUCCAGGGCCUGUCGGCUCGGAUUAUCCGGAAAGCCCUGAGCAGUAUGGUUCCUGCCUCAUCACGCCAGGAUGAGACGCCUUACGCUCCACAGUACCGGGAUGUGUGCAUUUGUGUGGCCCAACUGCUUGAUAAGGUCGAGUCAGAAGUGGGCACUGGUGAACUCACGAACGCCCCCGUUGCUCAAGUCACCAAGUGCAUUCGCCUCUUGCUCUCCCGACCCGCCUUUAACUCGCAGGCCUUCGACGCAGGCGUUCGGUACCGCUUGCUGUCUCUGGCAGAGUUCAGUUCUGCACAGCUGGGCCUGGGCCUGGGCCCUCUCGCACAACUGCACCAGGAGACCCUGUUCAGCCUGCAGUACCACCUGCAGCCAGGCGAGCACCACAGCUUCCACCUGUAUCCGGAAUCCGUUCGGAUGCUUGGUCCCUCACAGCCACGCCUGCUCUCGGUGCUCAGCACCAGGGGGCCAGUCGCCAUAGACAAUGGAGUAGAGGAGGACUUCAGUUUCAAAACGUCUGAGGCAACUUCUUUCCUGGUGCAGCUGCGCUGCCUGCGCUACGAGGCGGGCAAAGGGCGUUUGGAGGUUCGAGAGCCAUGCUGCGUGCUGGCGUGUCACCUCAGGGAGGAGGGCUCACGGGCGGUUCGUUGGUUAGCGGUGGAUAUUUUAGGAGAGGAAGAUGACAAAAUGUGGGUGAGAGAGGGAGGAGGGAGCAGGUGGCGGGAAGAACUGGCAGAUGUUGUACAGAGACAUUCUGCCAAGCUCCAGGAGGAGGGCUGCUGCUUCAGGGUCACAAGCUCAGAGCCACUGUGUAAGGUCAGGUUUAGCUGCAGGGGUGGAAGACUGUGGGCCACACCACUUGGAGGCUGUGAGGUACUCUGAAACUGUCUUCUCGUUGUGACGUUCACUUUAAGUGGAGCUUGACAAGAUGCCACACUAACAACAGGCAAACUGUGGGCAAUCGGGCAAACUCGACUCCAAAGGAUAAUCACUGUCUUAUAAGCGCUACAUUGCAGGUCAUCCUGAAAACUUGCACCGUUUCAAAUGCACCAAAUCCUCUUAAACUAUCUACAUAUAGUGCAGAUGACUUCUGCUCACUCAAGUUCAUGUAAAAUUUUAAUCAUCUAGUGUUUUUCCGUCUCCUCUGCCUGCUGGAUCUGUAGUGUAUGUCCAGUUACCAUGAAUAAUGCUGACACAUUUCAAUGCACUUAAUGUCUCAGGAAGGGUAGCCAAAGGGCAAAAGUUAUAAAAACGGAACAGAAAAUGGCACCUUGUUAAAACAUUUCCUCAUUCGUAAACGCGGAUUGCCAAAGUACCAGAGUAUUUUACUGUUGUUUUUUUAAUAUACAAGUAUGUUCUCAUUUGCAUUGAACAUUAGCGAUUCAUAAUAGAAUGCUGCCCUCAAAAAAAAAAA